GGAGCCGUUUCCCGCGGGGAAGCCGGCGGACGGGGCGGGCUCACUCGCGGUCUCUGCGGCUCCAACCGGCCGGGCUCGUUCGUCCGUCCCCCUCCGCCGGCAGAGCGGCUGCCGCCGACGCCGCGUCCCCUCCCUGCCCGGUGUGUGGGAGGCGCCGGGCCCGCUCCGACGGACACAGCCGCGCUCAAUGCCCAGGGUGAGGAGCCGGGGUCGGGCGCGGGGAGGGGGGCGCACCCAGGUUUUCUGUUGGAAUAUACGUCACACAUUUAUGGCGAUUCUGAGCAUCAGGGCAGACUUCUGCCAGGCCCAGCACAGCACCCUGGCUGACAAGUGAGCGUGUCCUACGUACCAUAAUUACUUUGCCUUGAAGACUCCAGACACAGCGGUCACCCUCAAAUAUAUGGGAUAUCUUCUGCAUAUUGGAAGCAUAUUCCUUUUACUGACUCAAGCAAAACUAAGCAUCAAGAAAACAAAGUGGAGAGAAGAUCUGUCCUUAUUUUUUUUGCCUCACCAGUGCCUAAAUGUAGUACAGGCUGCCUAGUCUUGCAUGUAGUCAGAAUUUUUGGAGUCUGAAGGAUACCACCUGCAGUUGAGGCCUAAAUUGAAUUCAAGUGGAUUCUAAAGCAAACCUGGUUUUCUUGAAGUGAAAAAUCUUAAAGAACAAACAAGUCAAUAAAGAUAGUUCUGAUCAAGCCCAGGCAUUUUAGUGGUCUUUUUAAUGUUUUCUGCUGUGAAACGUUUCAAGGGUUAUUGAUUUUUUUUUGCCCCUACAUAUAUUUUUUUUGUUUGCCAUUAUGAACCGUCCAGCCCCAGUGGAGAUUACUUAUGAGAGUAUGCGUUUCCUGAUCACUCACAAUCCAACCAAUGCAACCCUCAACAAGUUCACAGAGGAGCUUAAGAAGUAUGGAGUGACAACCUUGGUGCGAGUUUGUGAUGCCACGUAUGAUAAAGCUCCUGUUGAAAAAGAAGGAAUCCAAGUUCUAGACUGGCCAUUUGAUGAUGGAGCGCCACCCCCAAAUCAAAUAGUUGAUGACUGGCUAAACCUGUUGAAAACCAAAUUUCGUGAAGAGCCUGGAUGCUGUGUUGCUGUGCAUUGUGUUGCAGGAUUGGGAAGGGCCCCUGUCCUAGUUGCACUGGCUCUCAUUGAAUGUGGAAUGAAGUAUGAGGAUGCAGUUCAGUUCAUAAGACAGAAAAGGAGGGGUGCUUUCAAUUCCAAACAGCUGCUUUACCUUGAGAAAUACCGACCUAAGAUGCGAUUACGCUCCAAAGAUACCAAUGGUCACUGCUGUGUUCAGUAAAAGAAACCUUAAACGAAGGCUGAAGUUAUCAUGGCUGUUUUCUGGACUCUUGUCACCUGGAAAUGUGAAUCUGGAAUCAAACUACGUCAUCAAAUUAGUGGUGGAGUUAGUGCUCCUCAGCCUCUGUCCUAAUGGUGGUGAUGAUUUAAAAAAAUAAUAAAAUUAAAAAAAGCAACAUUUCAGUGAAGGAUUGUUUUCUCCUCAAGGUGCAGUUUGAAUAUCUGCCAGGAGAAAAUCAGUUUCUGAACCUUCUGUAUUUUUAACUUUUUUUAAAAAAAUGAAAUAAAGUGAAGUUUAUGUCUAAGGAAAA